UAUGGCGACUGAUUUAGGACGUCUUGAGGCCACCGUGGAUGGUUUGACGAUAAAUGUUGAGGAAGACCCUCCGUCUACAGCCAGCAGUACCACGCUAACAGACAUGCCAGAUUUCGAGGAUAAAUGGGGGUUUACUGUGAAGGAAAUGUAUAGGCUUUCACUUCAAUUUUACCGAGAAAUGGAAGGAAAAGUUGUGCAUCUAUCAUACAAGGAUAAACUCAAACUAGUAGCAUAUUGUAAACAAGUUAGUCAUGGUAAAUGUGAUCCAAACAGUUCACCGCCAGUAGGUGUCUUAGAUGUUAUAGGCAAUGAUAGAAGGAAAGAAUGGCUUUCCCUAGGUGAUAUGAGUAAAGAAACUGCCAUGCAAUCAUUCUGCAUUUUAUUAGACAAGCGAUGUCCACAGCUGAACCCCUGGAUUGAAGCUCAUAAGCGAGAAAAAGAUGAACAAGAACGAAAAAGGCGUAUUGAGACUGAGAGGAGACGACAUGAGGAAGAAGAACAAAAGAGAUCAAUGUUAGAAGAUCAGUCUAGAAAACAAGCUGAAGAAGAACGGUUACGACAAGAACAGCAAAGAAUACAGAUAAAACAGAUGUUAGACCAACAGACCUAUCCACAGUUUGCUCAGUAUGCUCUUCAACAGUACCCGAAUAACCAAGAACAGCAACAAGUUUUGAUAAAACAGUUACAAGAGAAUUACUUUCAGCAGUAUAUGCAGCAGGUUUAUCAACAGCAACUCCAGCUACAACAAAAAAUAACAACAGGAAUGAAUGGCGAACUGGAAUCCCCACAGCAGGUACAAACAGAGGACCAUCAAAAACUUCAAUCUUCUCCUGCUACCGUAGAGAAGACAUGUCAGUCAGUAGCGAUGGGGGCAGGUGACAUGCCGAAUGCUGUGAUGAAUGGUCAACAUCACCACCACGACGACGAAGAUGUGAUGCAGUCAGCCAACCCUCAGGUCAAUAGUGUGGAACAGACAGAGCUACAUGUACAUGAUGCCAGAUGUUCUCAUGACAGAGCUGAAGGACAUGACGAUGUCCAAGGUACUGAUGGAAGCAGUUGUGAGGAAUCUUACCCGCCCAUUGCGAAUGCAUCAAUGUGGACCCGUCCACAAAUAAAAGAAUUCAAAGACCAAUUAAGGAAAGAUCCCGAGUCUGUCAUAAAAGUUGGAAGAGGUGAGACUGUUACCGUGAGAGUGCCAACUCAUGAAGACGGAACAUGUUUGUUUUGGGAAUUCACCACAGAUCAUUAUGAUGUUGGUUUUGGACUGUAUUUUGAGUGGUCAAUUGCACCCAGUAAUGCCAUCAGCGUACACGUCAGUGAAUCCAGUGAUGAAGAGGACGAUUUAGAUGAUGAAGAAGGUGAACGAGGGGACUUAGAACGAGGAGGUAGGAAAGACGAUCGGCCCCCAACAGAUGAAAUUAUACCUGUAUAUAGACGAGACUGCCAUGAAGAAGUCUAUGCUGGUAGUCAUGUAUAUCCUGGAAGAGGAGUGUAUCUAUUAAAAUUUGAUAAUUCAUAUUCAUUAUUUAGAUCAAAGACUUUAUAUUACAGAGUCUAUUAUACCAGAUAA